AAUCCACUUCCAUAAAGAGAAAGUGGAGGAUUUAGAGGGCUAUCAGAGAUUGCAAUAUAUACCUUCUUAACACUUCGUCUGCCUGGGACUCUGGGACUCUUUAACACGCUCCACUCGGUUAAAGUAACAUGGAUCCUGCAGCUAAGAUGGUUGAUGAGAAAAGACUGUCUGCGAGGCGUAAGCAUACUCUGAAAAGCUGUAUGCUGGUGGUGGCCAAUAAUCUGUUGGAGGCCGAAUCAACUGUGAAGGUGAAGGAGAGGGAGACGUUCCUGGCGGAUAAAUGUCCUCCUUUGGAGCUGCCGUACUCCAAGGACGAGCUCGAGGAACUUUGCAAGAAACUCCAUGAGGAGAUUCACAUCAGUGAGGAGGAGAGAUACUGCAUAGAGUUCAAGCUCAACAUGGUUCUCAAUGAGGUCAGAGACCUCAACAUAAAGAUUGUGGAUCUGAGGGGAAAGUUCAAGAGACCCCGUCUGAAGAAAGUGCGUAUGUCCGCCGACGCCAUGCUGAAGGCUCUGCUGGGCUCCAAGCACACGGUCAACAUGGACCUGAGAGCCAACCUGAAGCAGGUCAAGAAGGAGGUGAAAGAGGAGGACAAGCAGCUGCGCGAUGUGGGCGACUGGCGUAAGAACAUCGAAGACAAGUCUGAUAGGAAGAAGAUGUUCGAUGGUUAAAUGUGAUCUGUCGUCAAUCGUUUUCGGGACAGAAUUCAGGUUUAAUGUCUUUGUAACUGAAGAGUUUUAUUCCAAAAAUACUGCAUAUCCACUGUAAAACCUACCUUAUUGAACAGAAGAGUUGGGAGGUUAUAUUGAUCAACAAGCGAGCGUUAUUAAGCUUUAUUGGUGGGGGUAAAGUAGGUGAUGAAUGGCCUUAAUCGUUUAAAAGUGAUGAUAGUUGAUUGCGUAAAAUUAUAUUCGUACCUUAUCCUUCUGCGAUGUGUGGAGGAGGCGGAGUUCGGGUAGUUUUUGGAUAUCUUAAACGUUGGAAUAAAACUCUUCAGUUGAAUCUAAGCUGCCUUCUGCUUUCUGCCUGUAUUGACACUGUACUGUGAUGUAUUUGUACUGUACGUACUGAUGUCAGUUAGGGUUAGUAACUAAAAUACUGCCGUACCUGCGAUGUACCGUCAUAAAAAACCUACACAGCUACAGCUGCCCUUGUAUAAUCACCUUCAUUUACUCUGUGUGUUGCUUAUAUGAUACUAUUUUUAUUUAUUUAUUGCUUUUACUUCAAAAGAGAUAUGUCUUACAACAUAUCUCUUCUGCAUUAAAAAUAAUAAUAAAACUAGCAUCAUAUGAACUGACAGCUGAAGAAAUACACUUUUAUUUCACUGUUUAACAUCUUUUGUAAUACAAAAUGAGUGAAUAAUGCCUACUAGAGUUCUGUUAAUUAACUCAUCCACAUGCAGACAAAUCAUCGAGUCAUCGUUAGGCCAUUUUGUUCCAUAAAGCUUCAGGCUAACGCAGAUUUAGCUUAUUUUCAAAUGUAAUUAAUCAAUUGUUAAUAAAUCUGUCUCAUUCUAACUCUAUGCUAAUUGUCUGCUUCCAUCCAUGCGUGUCACAUGUUCGAUGUCCGGUGGAGAGUUGGCAAGAAACAAAGAGUUUAGCAAGCUAACGGUCAGUAAAGCAAGAAACACUCCUCUGUUGCAGAAGUUUUUAGUUCAGCCGACUUUCUGUACUAAACAACAUCAUGUCAUCUUUUCUAAACUGUUCAAACAGGAAUGUGAUGUACUUUUCUCGUCUUGUUGCUGUCACAUUAAAUACAAGAAGCUUCACGUUUA